AAAGUUGCUCAUCAAACUUCAACCCAUAUCUUUUAUAUUGCAAUCGUGAUGGCCCCAAAAUUUGUGGAUAUGAUAAGUGAUAUAUUCUCAAAACCUUCCAAGGCCAUGAGAGAAGCCAUGGCCAAUGCUGAUGUAGGAGAAGAUCCGAUGGUUCUAGCUUUAGAAGCAAAAUGUGCAAAACUUCUUGGCAAAGAAAAGGCCUUGCUUGUUUCUACAGGGACCAUGGCAAAUUUAUUAAGCAUUAUGAGCCACUGUCAGGAGAGAGGACUCGAGGUUCUGAUGGGGGAUAAGUCUCAUUUAUAUUUAGCUGAACAAGGCCACGUUGCUCAGUUGGCUGGAGUUUUUCCAAGAAGCGUCCCCACUCUAAAAGAUGGAACUCACGAUUUAACCACAUUAGCCGAGACAAUAUCAACAUCAGACGGAAAUGAUGUAUGUAGAACCAAAGUUAUCUGCCUAGAAAACACUCAUACUUUAUGCGCUGGGAGUAUUUUACCGUUGGACUUUUUACAAAAGUUGUACAAUCUAGCCCAAGAAAAUGAUAUAAAGGUUCACGUGGAUGGCGCACGUAUUUUGAAUGCAGCCGUUGGACUUGGUGUUCCUGUUUCAGAGAUAACAAAAUUCUGUGAUUCUGUCACUUUUUGUCUUAAUAAGGGAAUUGGUGCUCCAUUUGGGUCCAUAGUAGCUGGCACUGAAUCUUUCAUCAAAAGAGUCAGACGAUGUCGUAAAGCCCUCGGGGGUGAAAUGCCUCAACUGGGUAUGGAAGCUGCAGCAGCUUUAUAUGGUUUAGACGGAGCUGAAGAAAACAUUCGGAAGGACCAUUUUCUAACAAAAAAACUGGUCAACGGUCUGAAAAAUCUUUCUUCUUCAUUGGUGACAAUAGAACCAGAGGAAGACCAAACUAAUCUCGUUUUUAUUAAAAUCGAUAAAGAAAUGUCUUUCAUCACUAACUUAACAGAACGUUUAAUGACGACCACAGAAGCUGAAGUGAAGGAACUGGGUAAGGAAAUCCAUGUGGGUUGCAAACUUAUAGGUAAAGAUAUUCGGUUUGCAAUUUGCUGUAAUAUAAACGAAGAAGACAUAGAUGAUGCCAUCAAGAAAGUCUGUUAUGUUUUUAAUGAAAUUCAUUUCUGAAAUAAUUAAAGAGUAGUUAUAUUUUAUAGCUAUUAUAUAUAUAUAUAUAU